CUAAAAGCAAUCGUACGUCUAGCAACGAUACAGUCGUUGUGGAUUUGUUGUCUUGUUUUAUUUGUUCCUUGUUAGCAUUAUCCUUCACAAGCUACUUGUUUUAAGAGUGAGCUGUUCAAACUAUAUUAGACGCUAUUCCUUCAAACAACUUUAUGAGUUCCUUGUUCUUUCAUGAAAGCAGGAAAUGAAAUUAAGUAUUUAAGGAUACAGAGUUUUCUAAUUUUUACUUUUAAGAGUAUUGUUAUAGCACCAUAAUACAUCAAAUUUCAAUCCAUAUUUGUCAAUGAUCAUGCAUCCACUCAAGUUAAUUCUCCCACAAGGGUUAGGUGUUGAAAUCAAAGAAAAGGGAGCUUCACUAGAUCGCAACUCUACAACCUGCAAUACCUUUAUUUGCUUUGAAGAAUUUGAUGAUGGGUGUCAGAAAGUUCGGAAAGUUACAUUUGAAAACGGAAAUGAGUAUCAAGAUAUGAACUGCUAUUAUACAUUUGAAGUGGCUGUUGACCAGAAGGUCCACAUUGAGUCUGAGCAGAAAUCGGCUAAUGGUAAGACAUCUUUUGUUGAAUUUACGCUUUCACACACUGGAGUUCAAAUUUUAGACUACAGUGUUAUUGAAAUUCCUUAUGUCGGAAAUGAAGAUAAUAAUGAUGGUGACAGUAUUGAGACCCCAGAAACAACAGACACAGAGCUGCAAGUUGGAACAUAUAAGUUUGGUCCAAGCAUGGAAAUUAAACGAACCUCCAGCAGAACUCAGAAACAGAAAGUUCAAGUGAAGGAUGGAUAUAGUAACAAUAAGGAACAAGAAGUUGAAACACAAAUUACUCUUAUCCAUGUUUAUAAGCCAUUUUCUAAAACUCAACCAUUUUUAUUGGUUCAAUGA